AUGGCCGACAACGCAACAGCCGCAGCCAUGGCCAACACCGGCCAGCAGCCGCCGGGCCCUCCGGCUCCUGCUGCCCUCAACGACAUCACCCCAGCGCCAACCCCCGAUGCUUCCCAAACCUCCACAGCCAACCUCACCUCCCCAAACAACAACGACGACCUCGAGAAACAAACCCCCAUCAUCACCACCACCCCCAUCAACCCAACGCCCCUGAUCAACCCAGACGUAAACCACUACCGCAUAGCCGCCCUCUCCCUCGCCUCCCUAACCGCAGGCCUAACCGACGCCUCCGUCGGCCCCCUGAUCGAACCAAUGAAGCACUUCCACUCCCUCCCCGACGAUAAACUUAUCUCCCUCCUCUGGGUCGCCCAAGCAGUAGGCUUCAUCCUCGGCGCAGCCCUCAUCUCCCCCCUCCGCUCCCUCAAACCCUUCCUCAACCACGACAACAUCACCCUCCUAUCGGCCAACAUCCUAGUCUUCCUCUCCUACCUCCCCUUCUCCUGCUCAGCUCCCCUCCCCGCAAUAGUAAUAACCUUCCUCCCUCUCGGUUUCGGAAACAGCUUCAACUUCGCCAUCGGCAACGUCUACUGCGGUUCACUUCGGAGGAAAGCAACCUUUUACCUCGGGGUAACGCACGCCUGCUACGGCCUAGGCGCCACAAUCGGACCGCUCAUCGCCACGAGAAUGAUUGUGCAGACGGGGUUGGAUUACGGCCAGUUUUACAGCAUUCCGCUGUGUCUGAGUCUCAUCAACUCGAUGUUGUUGUUUUGGGCGUUUAGGGAGCACCCCGUUGUUGCGCCUCCCGCGGCGGGCACAAUGGAGGAAGGGAAUGCCGCGGCAGUGGCGACGGAAGCGAGGAGACCGAACCCGGGAGAAUGGCUCAGAUCCCACCUCCCAGCCGACACCAAGCUCGUUGUUUUCGCCGCCUUGUUCAUCUUCUGCUACCAGGGCGCCGAGGUCUCAAACGCAGGUUGGAUAACUGAGUAUCUCCACCACCGCCACCCCGCCUCGCAGGAAAAGAUGGACACAUACGGGUACACCAUGACCGGGUUCUGGGGCGGCGUGACGCUGGGACGGGUGGUGUUGACACCGCUGGGGGAGCUCUGGCCCGGGGGAAACAAGGUGUUGGUGUACUUUCUGAUCCUGCUCUGCACAGGCUUUCAGCUGUUGAUAUGGUUGUUAAAGGGCGGCAUUGUUGCAAGCGGUUUGUCGGUAGCAUUCGUUGGGUUCUUCAUCGGCCCCGGAUAUCCCUGCGCGAUGAGGGUUGUGAUGAAAAUGCUCGACGAGAAUGAGAUACGUAGGCCACCGUUUGGUAAGGUGGAUAAGGAAGCCAAGGCGGCCGCGAUGGGCGUCAUUUCUGCGUUUGGCAUGGCCGGUGGGGCGGUCGUGCCUUUUGUCAUCGGAAACCUGAACAGGCCUGUUGGGAGAUGGGUGCUGCAUCCGAUUGUGCUGGGCUUGUACGCGCUGAUGCUCCUUCUGUGGUUCUUCCUGCCAGUAGCAAGAUGGAAAAAGUCGGCCUGGAAGCAGCGACCAAUACACCGCUUUGUUGAUGCCGUCUUGACAUUCUGGCAGUCGCUGUAA